AUGGGAAACAAUCCUCCAUGGCUGGAGAGCCUGUCCGACGACUGGGUGCCAUUGCCAGCAACCCCCGGAACCCCAGCAACCCCGACCAGUCCGGCAACAACUCGUCCCCUCGACCACUCCCGACGCUCCAGCCUACAGAGCACCCCGAGUCGCUUACCGGUCCCCGCGCGUCGCUCCGUCGAACCCUCCUCCAUCGAUCAGAAGAAGGUCCCUCGUCCCUGUCAUUUUGCGAGAAAGCCCGCGCCGCCCACCCCAAAGUACAAUUCCCCGAGGACCCCCCAUAAACCGCGCACCCCCGUCCCCAAGGUUCGCACGCCCAGGCCCGAUAGGUCGACCCCCAAAUACAAUCCCCCAGCGAGCCGCAAGAAGCCGCCCCCCACAGACACCAAAUCGCCGCUGCGCUCGGUCUCGAACGUGUCCAAUAUGUCCAACCGGUCGAGCCAGCAGGGGACCGUCCAGGUGCGGCCCAAGAAACGGGAUGAGAAGGAGGGAACACCCGAGUGGCGGAAGAGACUGGUGAAGGGUGACAUCCCCGCGGGCGAGCAGCGCGAUCUGUUUGCUCCCAUCGGGUUGGAGAGUGUCUUCAAACCGCCCACUCCAGGGUCGGACAAGACCCAGCAGGAUCCGAUGGCGCACAUGAAGAACACCGGCGAGGCGUGGGACCUUGAUCGGAUCAAGCCGCGCAUCACCACACAAGCCAGCACGAGCCCCCUUGGAUCGCCAAAGAGACCGACGGAAACCACCAACGCGUCGGAAGGGCCGUCGCUAGACCUCGAGCAGAGUCAAGAUCUCUCACAGAACGAUACCCAGAGGAGAACCGCAAGCGGCCUGGAGGACCUUCGCAACGAGGACAUCACCCCGAUUACCUUUUCGCGCACAAACACGGUCGAAGGAAAUGGGACGUCGGAAGUCAUUCGGUCCGCCCUGAAGCAGGUGACGAACAAGCUGGAACGGCUGUCGCUGGCCCCGUGGGAGCGACCCAACUCCCGCGCCAGCGACAGCGUGUUGUUGAACCAACAAAGCGACCCCGCCGUCGAAACGGUGCCAGAGGACGACUUGCUGGAUGUCACCAGUCAUUCCUUGCCGCAGGACCUGUCUGUCGGCACCCUGGACCACCGGGGACGAAGAGCCUUUGCGAGCUUGCGGCGGGAUCAGUACCUGGGCGACACCUCGUUCCAAAGACGACGUCUUUCCCCACCUUCAUUCCCGACUCAUCUCUCUCCAUUCCUCCCAGAGAAUUCCCGAAUCCGCAGCUCGCCACCCUUCUACAACAAACCAAACCCAAUGACGGAUUCACUCACGCUUCCGCGACCCUCAUCCGCCCAUGUCAUAUCGACAAACUUUGACCAAACCGGACAAGACUCAACGGACGCCAUGCCGUCGUCUGGAAGCCCGCUGAAGCUGUUUGGCGACCACGACACCUUUACCAACAACAAACUGCUGCGCCGAAUGUCUCAAUUCGAAGAGACGUUUGGAGGCCUCUCGGAAGACGACGAGCCGGUCUCGCCAUCGGAGGAGGCUCGUCGCAAGGGAGAGAACCGGAGUCUCCUGGGUCGGCAUGACGAUCCGUUCAGUGAGAACUCCACGCGACGGUACGAGCGACCCAGGUCUCGACACACCCCGAAUAGCCGGUUGCAUAAAUUUGGAGAUGGACAGUUGGAUCAUUUCGGAUUCCCUGAUACGAAUCCCAACGAACCACAGCUGCUGAGCCACGAACCUUCGGACGCCAACUCACGUCCAUCGUCGCGACGGCAGAAAUACCUCCGACGCACCUCAUACCGCACGUCCAGUCGCGAGCAGACCUCGGAUGCUUCCAACUCCAAGUAUCUCGUCCGGUCGAACCUUUCAUCAGCCGCCAGCACCCAGAGAGACAAGAUGGACGGCGGCAGGGACGCCGACAAAGAGAAUCAGGACCCAUCGGAGAAGGACGCGACGCCGCCUUCCCCAGCAAAGGAUCCGCACCCCAAACGGCGUCGGACGAUCCUGAUGUCGGACGAUUCGAUCCAGGAUGACUAUGAAGCGUGGACGGCGCCAGGCCAGGCCCCGGACAAUAUGUCUCUGCUCCAGAGAAGCUUGAUGCAGCAUGGCGUGAGCUACGACGAGGAUUCUACACGGCCGCGGAGUCCGACUCCAAACCAAACCGCAUCCUUUGACGCGGGAAACGACAGCUUCAGCCAGAUUGACGGAGAUUCCAAUUUCUUUGAUGGGGAGCAGUCGCCGAAUCGGGACGUACCGAUCGUCAGAGUGACUGGCGUCAAUGAUGAGAUCCGCAAAGGGUCAAUUACGACCCAGGACUUUCUCAACGAAGCGACCAAAAUCAUGGAUAUCAUCAGAUCCAACGGCCACAAGGGCAAUGGCCUGUCCAGCGUGGAAGAGUCGACUGCCGAAGACGGCAAGAGUAACGACAGUUACGACGAUGACUCUACUCGCGAGGAUUUCUCCCGACCCCCAAGCCGCGAAGGGGUCGACAUACGCAAGCUACGGGAGCCCCGGACGCAGAAUGCCCGCGUACUGAGCCAUCUACGCAAGUUCCAGGAGAAAGACGAUCAGGAAUUCGGCAGGCGAGGCAGUAUCCCUGGGCCCCGCAAACGCAAGCUAUCCACGCAGAACUCGUUUGGCGAAGAUGACGACCUUCCUGAUCUGUUGACCCUUAACACGCAGCUUUCAAAGGCUUUUAGUGCACGUUCUAUACCGACCAGCUCGUCCCAUAGUUCACAAGCCAAGGGCGUUCUGUCGUCGGACUUGGUGUCCCACCUGAUCCCUGAGCAGGUAAACGGUAUGACGUAUGACCGUUUGAAGCACCAAUGGGUUAGACAAAGACCCAGAAGGGUUGCCCCGGUACCCAAAGAGGAUAAUAGCGAGGAUGACCCGUUUAGCGAUAUUCCCGAUCUCAGCGUCGACGAAAUGCAAGAAAUCCUGCGGAUAGAACGCUACUUUUCAGAUCGUCCGGACACCGCCGACUCCGCACGGUAUAGUGGGGCUCAAGGCUCGCUUCGGAGUGAGAGUCAUUCGACGAAGUCAGACCCCCGGCCAGAGUCGAAAGACGGCGAGCCAUCAGUCACAGCCAGCUCAGUCCAGUCGAAAGGAACCCAAUUUACUUCCAGUGUCCCACACACCGGAACAGGUGCCACGUCGUGGGGCACGGAGGCGCGAAAGAGCAGAGAUUCUUCAAACGAGGCGAAGCACGAGAUGCAGCUUCACGAAGGGCAGCCGUCAAUGCCUCCUGGACCACAGAAAGACGCCAAUCAGAAAGCGCGGGUCGUUACCAUCAGCUUUUCCUCGCCCCUUGUCUCACAGGUCGCGUAUAGUGACGACGAGAGUCCCGCGAAACUUCGCCGAGAACAGAAUAGUACUGGUUCUCAGACUGAGCAUCAAGACACUGAGGGCGAGACUUCUCGUCUAGAUGCAAGGCAAACGACCACGCUCACAGGACGUCGCAACUCAGUGCACGAAGAGCCUUUCCUGAGACGGUCCAUCUCGCGGAUCGACGAGCGAGAUGAAGACGCGGCGGAAAAUAUGAGUCUGGUACGGAGAAACUCGAUGCCUGCCGAGACUUUCCUGUCUGAGCACUACAACGAGAACUCAAUGUUGGUGCGGAACACGGGCCAUGACACGACCUACAGUUUCCAUAUGAGUCCCUUGCCUGAUUUCACCGUGGACCAGGUCGACCAGUCGCUGGAUCCGGAGAUGAGCUAUGUAGCCCAACGGGCGCAUCCCAAGUCGCUGCGCCAGGUCCAUGGGACCUUUGCGAUGGCUACUGAGGAAAUCGUGAAGCACAUCACGGAGGCUGAGCCGUUUGAACCAUACUGGGAACACGUUCGCCGUCUGGUUCUUCGCCGGAAAGGGCUGAUCACUCUGCACAAACUGGCGGACUUCUGUCCCCGGUUGGAAGACCUGGAUGUGUCUUAUAACGAUAUCGGCCAGUUGGGCGGUGUACCUUCGAGUCUACGGACUCUGAAGAUGCAGAACAACUGUCUUUCGAAUCUCACGUCUUGGAGUCACUUGAGCAACUUGCAGUACUUGGAUGUCUCAGGAAAUGACCUCGAGAGCUUGGAUGGUCUGAGUGGUUUGAUUCAUCUCAGAGAAGUCAACGCCAGCAACAACGACAUCAGAGACAUCUCCGGAGCCUUCGAGUUGAAUGGCCUCCUGAGCUUGAAGCUGAGCAAUAACAGCCUGACCAUGGUUGACUUUGCAGGGUCGGAACUCACUCGUCUUGAAGAGUUGGAUUUAAGCCACAAUGACUUGCUAUCCGUGCAGAACCUGGGCACCCUGUCUGCACUGUCAUCCCUUGACCUCAGCUCUAACCAGCUCAGCAAGGCGGAGUUCUCGAACGUCCUCCUCAACAUGCGAUCAUUGCGGGUCUCCAACAAUCAACUACCCUCUCUGGAUGUCGGGGUAAUCCCUUCACUGACCCUUCUCUACGCGGACCAAAACCGUCUCUCUACUAUUUCCGGCCUGGGGCGCUGCCACAGCCUGGAGAUCCUCUCCGCCCGAGAACAAACACUGUCCAACGAGCACAACGGCGGCUUCUUCGACGUGGACCUAGGUCUCGUGAAAGACGUCCGCAAAGUCUUCCUAUCCUCAAACCACCUCUCUAUGCAGACCCUUUCCCCAUCCGUCCCACUCUCAAGCCUCCAACUCCUCGACAUCGCAUCCUGCAACAUCCAAACCCUCCCACUCGACUUCGCCCUCAACUUCCCCAACCUCAAAGUCCUCAACCUCAACUUCAACUCCCUAGCUAGCGUCGCCGAACUCGUCGGCCUAAACUGCCUCGCCCGCCUCACAGUCGCAGGGAACUGCAUCGCCCGCCUGCGCAAAUUCUGCCAGGUCCUCAGCCGCCUCGGCAGAAUGAACAAGAGCAAGGUCUCCUCCCUCCAGAAGGUAGACAUUAGGGGUAACCCCCUCACCGUCCGCUUCUACCCGCCCGCUAUUACAGGGAGCGGCCGCGACAACAGACCCGACGCCAGGAAACUCAAAGCCAAGGAAGAGGAGUCCCACCCGCCUACAAGCCCAGCCCGCAAAACAGGCCUCGACCUCCCCUCCGUCCUAGCCGACUUCAGCCACUGCCACGAACUCUCCCGCAUCAUCGGCAACGAUGACGAUGAAGAUGAUAACGACGAGGCAGACGGACCCGAGAUCGAUGACCCGUACACCCUCCCCCUGGCUGACGCCCUCGCCGACCAGAAGUACGUCUCUCGGCUGGACGAGUCGACGCGUCUCCGUCGGAGAGUCUUCGAACUCAUGCUUUAUGCUGGGACGGGCGGAUCGUUGAAGUUCCUGGAUGGGCUUGAGAUGCGUCCUACGCUUGAGGAGGGGUCGGAUAUGGAUCGUGCGUGGUCGAGGCUGGAGAAGUUGGGCGUGUUGAAGAAGAAGGCUAUUACUGCUUGA